GGGCCACGCCCAACUAUUAAUUAUUAUGUCAAUAAUGAGAGGAGUGGCUUCCGGUCACAACCAAAUUUCGGCGCUGCGCGGCUAAAGAGAAGACAAAGAGAGAGGGCGCAAAGCGCCCUCUUUUGUCAAAAUCCUGGCUACGCCGCGCCCCUCCUCAUGUGCACCAGAUCAAAUUAUUGUACACUGUACAGUAUAGAUCUACUUGCAAUGGACAGACUGAUUACUGCUCCCGAGCUAGAGCAGUUCACAGUCACUACAGUUCACUUAACUGGACGUGCACUAGGAGCAGGUGCUUAUGGCAGUGUGGUGGAGGUGGAGAUACCUGGAGCAAAGGUGGCUGCCAAGAAACUGCAUCAACAACUUGUUAACCUGGGCUCUCCACUGCAGGUUGAGAAAUGGGUGACUGAUUUUGUGGAAGAGUGUAAGCUGAUGAGCCAGCUCCGCCAUCCUCAUAUAGUACAGUUCCUGGGGGUGUGCUAUCUUCCUGGAUCUCAACUCCCCGUCCUACUGAUGGAAAAGCUACAAACCAGCCUCGACAACCUUCUGGAAUCCAGCCCCAACAUUCCUAUUGACCUCAAAGUGCACCUUCUGACGGGGACUGGCCGAGGGGUGGUCUAUCUGCACAGCCACACUCCACCCAUUGCCCAUCGUGAUCUGACAGCCAGAAACAUUCUAGUUGAUGACAGUCUCAAUGCAAAAAUAGCAGAUUUGGGCGUUUCAAAGAUUGUGAACAUUCAGCCUGGCCAACUAGCUGCUACGAUGACGCAAGCCCCAGGUAAUAAUCUGUACAUGCCACCAGAGGCAAUCCAAGAGGAAAGGGCCGCACGAUACAAUACAGCCAUAGACAUCUUCUCCUUUGGUGUGGUAUCUCUGUUCACACUGACACAAACCUUCCCUAAAGACCUCAAACCUGCAACAUAUCAUGAUCCCGUUGUAAAAAUGAUUGUUGGCCGAUCAGAAAUCGAACGCCGUGAAAAUUACAUCGUGCCUAUGAAAGCAGCUCUUGGUGCGACCCACCCCCUAGCCCAGUUGACCCUCGAUUGUCUGGAGUACCUUCCUGAACAUCGACCAUCUGCUGCAGUGGUGUUGAGACAAUUGGAGGAGGUUGAAACAACACUCCCUCAGAACUGCACUCAAAGCAAGCUGGAACUGGUUCAACAAAACAGUGAGCUUCAAGAUGUGAAUGAUCACCUGACACGACAAAGCAGAGAACUGAAACAACGAAAUGAAGAACAGAUACAAAUCAUUGAGCAAUUACAAUCAACGAAUGACCAUCUCGACUCUGAAACAAAGGAACAAGCGCAAUUGAUCACUGCCUUACAAGUACAACUCCGAUUCCGAUACAAGGAGACACAAGCAAGUAAAACCACAACUUCGAAAGAGACCAUCCAACAACGGGAGAAAGCGGUUAACAAACCUCGACAAUUAGAAAAUAAAGAGACUCAACCAGCAACCUCACUAAGACAUAAGGGUUUUCCAAUAGCACUGCUAUCAACUCGCUUGCUAUCAACUCUCUUCUGGAAGAAAUGCAAAAAUUCUCCGAAAGUGAUCAGUACACGAUUUGUUGCUAACAACAACAAGCUGUACACUAUAGGCAAGAUAGGUGACCCCCAGGCUCUGCACGAGUACGCACCUGAUCAAGAUGAAUGGAUUGCACUUCUCAGCCCCCCCAUUGAAAAGUUUACCCUAGCAACCCUGGAGGGCACAUUACUAGCAGUGCCAGUACUAGACACUUCGUAUACCUGGGCUAAAGCUUCUAUUUUCAAAUUGGUUGAAUAUAAAAAGCUAUCAUUCAAGAGGCAUCAAUGGAUUUUGUCUGACUUCACUUUGCCACGAAAUGCAACCCAAUCACAUCCUGCUGUAGUGGAAUACAGUAACUACCUUAUCGUUGCUUGCUGUGCGCAAAAAGAUGACCCUAUUCAUGAUACUAUUGAGGACGCCUAUAGCCGCACCGACAUUAAACUAUGGAUUCUUCAGGCUACGAAUAACACAUGGAUUAGUACUACAUGCCCAAUUAAUAGCUCUAAUUUCAGCACAAUGCUAAUUGUGUGCGACCAUCUGUAUGUAGUAGGAACCAAUGGGGGGGUAUUUAAAGCACACGUACCUUCUCUUAUAUCGCGAUCUGUUUCUCAAUGGAAAUUGUGGGAAUUGUGGGACACGAAGGUCCCAAGUAUGCCAAGUUUGAUGUCGUCUCUUGUAGCUGUUGGCAACAGCGUGUUGGCUGUGGGUGGUACUAAAGAUGUUGAGUUUGGAUGGGAUGGUAUUCCCCCUACUAGUAUUCUUUUGUAUGACCCAGCCAUGAAACGAUGGACGAAGAGAGGCAUCCUUCCUGAAAAAUUUUACCAGUACUCUUGUAUCGAACUAUCCGGCAAAUUGUAUGUAUUUGGUUUAGCUUCUGACGCACAAACCACUGUGAUGUAUCAGUGUAAGAGUAUUCUGUAAAACAUUAAAUUCAGUUCACUUAUAACAGCUGCAUACCAAUUUUUCCAAUGAUCAUGAAACGUUUCACUGU